CACUUGCCACUUGCCAAGCCUCUUGCUGGAGGCUUACCUAUUGGAGCUGUGCUGGUUACAGAAAGAGUUUCAUCAGCUAUAAGCCCUGGAGAUCAUGGAAGCACCUUUGCUGGUGGACCACUUGUGUGUCAUGCUGCACUUACUGUCCUAGAUAAAAUCUCAAGCCCUGGUUUUUUGGCUAGCGUGUCAAACAAAGGUCAGUAUUUCAAAGAACUCUUAACAAAGAAGUUAUUGGGGAACCAACAUGUUAAAGAAGUCCGAGGCCAGGGUCUUAUUAUUGGUAUAGAGUUGGAUGUCCCAGCUGGUCCACUUGUCGAUGCUUGUCGGAAUUCAGGAUUGUUAAUUUUAACAGCUGGAAAAGGAAAUGUAGUGAGAUUGGUUCCUCCAUUGACCAUAUCGGAGCAGGAACUUGAAACAGGUGCUGAGAUUCUUCUCAAAUGUUUCCCGGCCUUGGAUCAAAGCAGUUAAGGUGGUUUUGUGUACCAUGUACUAUGAAUGUAAAAUUCUCCUGUCUUACAGCUUUUUUUAUGAAUGGACAAGCACAUCAAAGACACGUUGGUAAAUAAUUCAGGAUGUAUUGUUCGGGACACGAACUAGUUCAUCUACGAAACACAUUAUGAUAUAUGAGUA